AAUGGCUAAUUUAGAAGUAUAUAAAGAACAAUUGCAAAAGAUUCGUCAAUAUGCACGGGAAAAUGGUAUUACGGAAAAUGAAAUUGAUAAAGCUUUACAGAAUUCCUUUCGUAUUCUCGAAAAGAAAGAGAAGAAAGUUAAUCUUUGUUUUAUUGCAAAAAGUAUGGUUGUAAUAUUAUUUAUAAUAAUUGUAUGCUUUAUAUCUUUUGACAAAAAGUUUUUAGUAGUGAUGUUAAUGAGGAAUUUGCAGAAUUCCAUCUAUCCGGGCUUAAAAUUACUUAGAAAAAUAGCUGUGCCGGUAAUUCAACAUUAUCCUUCUUUAUCUGAAUUAUAUGAUGAAUGGUGCAUAUUAGAAAAUCCAUAUUUUUAUGUAAAUGAUAUGGAUUGUGGACCCUGUAGCGUUGUACAUUUCAUACCUGACUUAACUGGUCAUCAUAUAUCUAGAUCAUUUAAUCUUGGAAUUCCUUAUAUAAAAACAGAAAAUUUUUCGGAUAUUCAUAUGAAAGAUAUACAAGAAUUAUUGUGGCAAAAUUCUGAAGUAUUUAAAACAGAUGCUAUGAAAAGCUUAAAUAAAAAUUUUAAGCAAAAGAUAUAUCAUUUUAGAAAUAUUCAAGAUGUUAUGGAAAAAAACAUGGAUUUAAAUCUUUCCAAAAAUUUAUAUAAUCAUGUUACAUGGAGAAUUAAUCGCAUGGCAGCAGGAAGAAUUUUAAGAAAAUUAUUCCCAAAACCUAUUGAUACACCAAAUUGGUGGGAACAAAGUACAGAAAAAUUUAUUUUUUUUGAUGAAUCAAAAUCACCACCUUAUUCUUUAGUAUGUAAGAUGUUAUCUUUUGGUCUGCAUGAAAUAUUGCUUUAUAAAAAAUAUUAAUUAUUAUAUAUACAAUAAUUAUUAUAUGUACAAUAAUUAUAUUGUUAUUAUAUAUAAUUAUAUUGAUAUUAUAUAUUGAUAUUAUUAAUAUAAUUAUAUUGAUAUUAUAUAUUGAUAUUAUUAUAUAUUGAUAUUAUAUAUUGAUAUUAUUAAUAUAAUUAUAUUGAUAUUAUAUAUACAAUAAUUAUUAUAUGUACAAAAUGUUCCUGCAAAAAAAUAUUGUAAUACUUGAAUAUAUGUAUACAUUAUUAGUUUAAAAAUGUUAUAUUAGAAAUAAUUAUUUUGUUUAUAGAAUAACUUUUUUAAUCAAUACUAUUUUCAAAACUUUAGCCAAAUACUGAAUGUAGUAAUAUAAUGAUAAGAUGUACAACUGGUACAAGGUUGAUAAAAAUGAUAGCAAGCUCAGAAUGUAGUGCAUCUUGUGAAUCCUUUACAGUGUUAUUAUCUGCUGGAAAAACUUGUAAGUACGUUAAUAUAUAAUCAUUUAAAGAAGAUAUAAUUAAUUUAAGUUUGAUUAUUUAAACUAUUUACUUUAUUCUUGAUAUAACAUUAACAAACUUUUAUUUACAUUUGAUUUAAAUAAAUGUUUUGAAUAUUACGUGAUAAUUAAUAUUGUUUAAAUAUUUGAUUACCAGAAUCAUAUUUCUUUUUAGUAUGGUAUAACUGGUGGUAUUGGCGACCAGUCAGCCUUCCAGCUUUAAAUUCAACUAGUAUUACCAUUAGUUAUAUGACUUCAUUCUGU